AUGCUUUCAGGAGUUCAGUCUAGCCGUGCUAUCGGAAGAGAGAUCGUCACUGUACAAAGCACUACACAACUCACAAAUAUGUCUCUGGAACGCCAAGUCCGCUUAAAGCUUGCUUCCAAGCGUAGCCCUGAGCGGGAGAAAGAGUGUCAAGAGUGGAUCGAGAGCGUCCUCGGCGCUAAAUUCCCCCCCGGUGAAAUUUUCGAGGAUGUUCUCAAGGACGGAACUGUUCUGUGCCAGCUAAUCAAUAAGAUCAAGCCUGGAUCCGUUGCCAAGAUUAACACAACUGGUGGACAAUUCAAGAUGAUGGAGAACAUUACCAACUUCCAACUGGCAAUCAAGGCGUAUGGUGUCCCUGACAUCGAUGUGUUCCAAACUGUCGACCUGUGGGAGAAGAAGGAUAUCGCCCAAGUUGUCAGCACUCUCUUCGCCCUUGGACGCGAGACCUACAGGCACCCAGAGUGGAGCGGCCCUUACCUUGGACCCAAGCCAUCUGAUGAAUGCAAGCGUGACUUCUCUGAUGAAGUGUUGAAGGCUGGACAAACAGUAAUUGGUCUUCAAGCUGGUUCCAACAAGGGUGCGUCUCAGGCUGGUCAAAAUAUGGGCGCUGGCCGUAAAAUCCUCCUCGGCAAG